CGACACAGCAGCAGAUAUCUUGAUUAGCCUAUCUCAAGAAAUUGUGCAAAAUAUGAAUAAUCAUAAUCAAUGAUUAUGUUUCUGGUACAGUGUCAUUGAUGUGAUCUGCACUGCAUCCUUGUGGGAACAAUAAAGUGCUUGAUUGAAAAUCUUACUUUGAACUGUUUUGAAAGGCAAAUUUGCCUCAGUGUGCUUCAGAUCAUCAUUCAACAUCUCAAAGCUGAAUGUGCACAAAAGUUCAAAUGCAGCAAUCAAACUAGAGACACUUAUAUAAUAGUCCUAGGGUGUCUUUCCUGAUGUUCUGAUGUUGGAGUCAUGAUAACCUGACAUGACCAGUUCCAGCAGAUAUAUCCAUUUGGAUAUUCUUGUUUUUCUUCCUCUUCUUCCAAAUGUGUCUAAUUUGAAUUGCAAAAAUAUUGAAGAAAAAAAUCUUAGAUUUGCCUUUCAGCAUAAUUAUGCUGCUGCCUCCCCAGCUACAAUUUAGACCAGAUAUAAUUCAAAAACUACAGUCCACCUCUGGAAAUCAGACACUGAUUUCACCCUGUCAUUUGGUUUUCUUCGGACCUUCCAGCCAUGAAACUGUUCAUCACUCUGGUUCUCAUCACUGUUUCUUUCUCCACAGUGCUCGCACUGAGAUGUUACCAGUGCAAAUACAAAUACAGUUCAUCUGAAGAAUGCAAACAAAAUCUAACUAAAUGCCCUCUGCAGUGUGGCUCUGUCACUAUAUACAGCAAUGGCGGUACAUUAUAUAGCAGUAAGAAGAACUGCACAGAUCCUGCCUUGUGUGUUAUUGACAGCAAACAUUUUGGACAAAACAAAACAGUCUUUAAUCCCCAAUGCUGUGACACUAAUCUCUGCAACAUUGAAGAAGCACCAGCAUUGCCACGAUAUUCCAAUGGGAUGAUGUGUUACUCUUGUGACUUAUUUAGUAGAGACUGCUCAAAAAUUGUGACUUGUUCAGAUGGUGAGAACAAGUGCUUCAGUAUAAAAGAAAGGAUAACUGGCAUAAAAACGAAAGGAUGUGGGAACGAGAUUAUUUGUGAGAAUAAUUUAUUAAAUACUCUGGGGUCUAUGGCUGGUGCUCAGACGACAUGCUGUGCGGGAAUUCUGUGCAACAGCGCUUUUCAGAUGCUGACUGUAUGCACAAGAAGGACUCCAGCAGACCUGUGUUUCUCUCAGGGAGAAGGAAAGGUGAAAGCCAUGAAGGAGAUGUGCGGAGUGACGCCACGGUUGGCGGGAACGCGCUCCAGGAAGGGUGUGACUUCACUGUCCCACAUCAGUGCCCAGAAUCUGCAUCUGUUAUUCCAAAGAGUGCUUGGGAAGGAAAAGAAGAAUGAGAUGACUGAAUCGGGUCCUCAGGAAGCGUUUGAGCUGUGGCGUCUCUCUGAGAGCAGAAACACACCAGGUGUCCAUGCAAUUAGCUGCUGUGAGAUUGAUGAGAUCUGGCUGGGCUGA